GCAGGCGCACUGCGGCCGGGCGACGGGCAAAGCGGAGGGCAGGAGCCCGGCCGGCCGGUGCGCGCGCCAAGGCGCGGGGGAGGGGGGCGCGCGCCAUGGAACAGCGGUUAGCGGAGUUCCGGGAGGCCAGGAAACGGGCCGGACUGGCGGCCGAACCCGGCCAGAAUGCACAAACCUCAGGGAAGAAGGCGGAAGCAGCUGCGACUCCAAAGGCAGCUCCAGGCUGGCUAAAACGGUUCCUGAUGUGGAAACCGAGGCCUGCGAAUAACCGGGCCCACCCCGGCCUCGCUCAGGAAGUGGCUCAUCUUGGGAGCAGCACAUCACAGCCACCACGGAACAUAGCCAUUCCUCUGCCUUCGCCGCAGGACCAGUCUUUCCUGAUCAACAUCACCUUCUUGAAGGUUCUUCUCUGGUUGGUCUUGCUGGGAUUGUUUGUGGAACUGGAAUUUGGCCUGGCCUAUUUCGUCCUGUCCUUGUUCUACUGGAUGUAUGUCGGGACACGUGGCCCUGAAGAGAGGAAAGAGGGAGAGAAGAGCGCCUACUCAGUAUUCAACCCGGGCUGCGAAGCCAUCCAGGGCACCCUGACUGCAGAGCAAUUGGAACGCGAGUUACAGUUUAGACCCCUCGAGGGGAGAUAGGACUGUGCCCUGCUGUCUUGCAGGUAGCCUCCUACAUGGUCCCUUUAGCCUCUGGAUAUUGGCUUGUGGGUUUGAUUUCAAGUGCCCAAGACUAAGGACAGCUUGCAGGUUACUUCUGUGGCUGUGAACUUCUACGUUCUUUCCCAGAUCUUCUGCAGUUUUAUCUUUGAACUUCUCUUUGGUUUUGGUGAAACCCCUUGAAUGACAUUCAAUGUGGUUAUGGUUCACUUUAUAAAAAGUACGUACUCAUAAAA